AUGUUGCUCCUGAUUUCCGCCACACCACCAUGUCAAGGUGGCAAUAUUCUAGUCUUCCCCAUUGAAGGCAGCCAUUGGGUCAACAUGGAGAUCCUGCUAGAGAAACUUCACACCAGAGGACACACCCUCACUGUGUUGCGAAUGACGGAUAGCUUGCACGUCAAGGAAAACUCUCCUCUCUACACCACACUGAACAUCCCAUCUACAUUUGAGGGAAUGUACGAGAACUUUGGCCAAUUUAUUGAAGAACAUUUUAAGUUACAAAGAGAGGGCAGUUCAGUCAUGACCUUCAGCAAAAUGACCAGAAACCUCCACAGCAUGCUGACAAAUGUACACACCGUUCACUGUGAUGCUUUAGAUAAAGCAAUGGAAGAUGAAGAAUUCAGGAGAAGAUUGAAAGAGCCCAUGUUUGACAUGUUGCUGACAGAUCCAGCUCUAGCACCAGGUGUCUUCCUGGCUAAAUAUCUCAGUCUACCACUGGUGCUUAACGUCCGCUGGACAGCGGGAAUUGACGGUCAGCUUGUCGCGGCCCCAUCACCUCUGUCCUACAUUCCCAUGGUGGGAUCUGGCUUGACGGACAACAUGACUUUCUUUGAAAGAAUCCAGAAUGUUUUAUAUUAUGGCAUAUUCCUAUUCCACAAGGAAUUCAUGAUCAAGCCCAUCUACUCUGCUCUCUGUGAUAAAUAUCUUGGACAACCUUGUGACAUCUACGACCUGUGCCAAGAAGCAGACAUUUUGCUUUUCAGGUCGGAUUUUGUUUUUGACUUCCCUCGACCAACGAUGCCAAACAUUUUUUACAUUGGUGGCUAUCAAUGCAAACCAAGUCAGCCGCUACCAGCAGACUUGGAGUCCUUCGUCCAAAGUGCUGGGAAGCAUGGCGUAAUCCUUUUUACUCUGGGUACAAUGGUCAAAUCUUUGCCAACAGAGCUUGCGGAUGAGAUCGCGGCUGUCUUCGCCAAGAUGCCACACAAGGUGAUAUGGAAAAACCUUGGUGAUCGUCCCUCAACUUUAGGCAACAACACUCUGAUGGUGGACUGGAUGCCACAAGUGGAUCUUCUUGGCCAUCCACAGACUAAAGUCUUAGUUGGUCAUGGAGGAACUAAUGGAAUCCAGGAAGCCAUCUACCAUGGAGUCCCCGUGCUGGGUAUCCCUGUCUUCUUUGACCAGUAUGACAAUCUUCUUCGUCUGGAGAGGAAGGGUGCAGCCAGGAUCCUGGAGCUGGCUGAUUUCAACGCCAAAAACUUUGAAAGCAAUCUCAGAGAAAUCCUCCAACAGCAGAGUUACAGAGAGAACAUGCAAAGGCUGUCCCGGCUGUUCAGAGACCAGCCCAUGACACCGAUGGGUCUGGCGAUUUUCUGGGUGGAAUAUGUGAUCCGUAACAAAGGAGCGUCUCAUCUGCGGACCGAGGCCUACAAGAUGCCGUGGUACUCGUACUACUGUUUUGAUGUGAUGCUGCUCUUCUUCGCAGCUCUGGUUGUUCAAGUUUUGGCUACUGUGGCUUUUUGCCGGUUUCUGUGCUGCAGGAAAACAAAUACCAAAACUAAACAACAUUAG